AUGGGUGUCGCAAAGAAAACGCGCAAGUUCGCCCAAGUCAAACGAGCCAUCAAAAAGCACGAUGACCGUACCAAGCAAAAUGCAAAGGACGCGAAACCCCAGAAGCCCAAGAAUGACGAGGUAGUCCGCGCGAUUCCCCAAGCACCGUCGAACAUGUUCUUCGCCGCCAAUACAGCCCUCGGACCGCCCUACCAUGUGCUGGUGGAUACCAAUUUUGUUUCACAUUCGAUCCGCGCGAAGACGGAUAUGUUGAAGUCGAUGAUGGAUUUGUUAUAUGCGAAGUGUAUUCCGACAUUUACGGAUUGUACGAUUGCAGAAUUGGAGAAGCUGGGUGACAAGUUUCGGUUGGCGUUGAGGGUUGCGAAGGAUCCGAGAUGGGCGCGCGUGCGCUGUGAUCAUCCCGGUACCUAUGCUGAUGACUGUCUUGUAGAUCGGAUCACAAAACACAGAAUCUACAUCGUGGCGACAAACGAUAAGGAUCUUGUUCGUCGGAUUCGCAAGAUUCCCGGUGUACCGAUUAUGAAGGUGGCGAGAGCGAAAUACGUGAUUGAGAGGUUGCCAGAUCACUUCGAGUGA